GACCUCACCACACGAGAUCACUUUUCAUUCACACGGGAACAGCAAAUGCGUUUUUUUGUGACCAGAAUUUAUUACUACUGAGCCCUGCAUUGUGGUUUGUAUGGCACCCAUAGAAGUAGACUUGGAUGGUCUGUUCCUCCACAACAGUACAUUUGAUUAUGGAGACUAUCAAUACAAGUCAGAGGACCUUUCAUCCUGCGGUCCCCUGCAGUUUCAGGCAGUGUUCAUCCCGGUUCUGUACUCCCUGGCGCUGGUGCUCGGCCUGCUGGGAAACGGGCUGGUUCUGGGAGUUCUGUUCCAGCUGCGGCGGACCUGGAGCGUGACCGACACCUUCAUCCUGCACCUGGCCGUGGCCGACACCCUGCUGCUGCUCACUCUGCCCUUCUGGGCCGUGGAGGCCACGCAGGGCUGGAUCUUUGGCACCGAGCUGUGCAAGCUGAUGGGGGCCAUCUUCAAGAUAAACUUCUACAGUGGGAUCUUCCUGCUGGCCUGCAUCAGUCUGGAUCGCUACCUGUCCAUCGUACACGCCGUUCAAAUGUACUCCCGCCGUAAGCCCUGGGCAGUGCAGGCCAGCUGUCUGUGCGUCUGGCUCUUCUGCCUCCUGCUCUCCAUCCCCGACUGGGUCUUUCUGAAGUCCAUAAGCGAUCCAAAAACAGGGGGAAGAUUAGCCUGCACCCAUAACUUUGACACUGGAGCUCAGGACUGGCGCUUGGCCUCCCGGCUGCUCUACCACGUCGUCGGCUUCCUCCUGCCCUCUGCGGUCAUGGUCUACUGCUACUCCUGCAUCCUGCUGAGGCUGCGGGGUGGCUCCCAGGGGCCCCAGAAGCAGAAGGCCAUCAGGGUGAUCUCAGCGCUGGUGGUUGUCUUCUUCAUCAGCUGGACCCCGUACAACAUCGCCCUGUUAGCGGACACCGUCCGAUCAAGCUCAACGAGCAAGGCGGGCGUCGUGUGCGAGAGCAGGGGAGCAGCCCUCGACGUCUCUCUGGUGGUCACUGCUGCCCUAGGCCGCCUGCAGAGCUGUCUGAAGCCCGCGCUCUACGCCUGCCUGUGCGUCAACUUCAGACACCACCUGCUGGACAAGCUGAGACGCCGAUCUGGGGCAGCUGCUGACAAGGAGCUGGCUCUUUGGGAUGAGCCAGCGGCGCCUUCCCCUGGACAAUCUGAUAUUGAUGGCAGCGCGUGCCCCGUAAAAACAGUGGUGCAGAACUUUAAGUUGGUUGAGCGAGUAGAGGACCAGUCAUGAUACAUUUGUUAGCUCAUUCCAGAAACAAUUUUGCAUCGAACGGACGUAUUUCAGGUGAAGAUGGAGCAGUACUCCAAAGAAUUUCCUCUGGCUGUGUGGGUCUGCAUUCAAUCAAUCUAUCAACCAAUCAAUAUUAAUUUGGGCCCUGAAUUGCCCGUUGUGAUACUAAGCUACUGUACAGUAUACUAUAGGUUAUUAUCUUAUCUUGCUUAGAUAGAAAGGUUUGGAAGCUGGAUUUAUAACUCAGAGACUACAGAUUUGAUUCCCAGGAGGAACACUGCUAUUGUAUCCUUAAACAAGGCACUUUUUUACUUGGUAUACCAAGAUCUGGUUGUUCAUACUGCAUCAUAUUCUUUAAUUAAGUUUUUUGUAUACAAAAUGUAACUAUUUAACACACAUGUGUAUUAUAAUUUAUGUAAGUAAUAUAUUAAUCCACGUUAUUAUAUGCUUGAAGUAUGUGUAUUUGGAUUUUGUUAAAAUAAUUCCUCUAUCAAAAGCUGCUCUACUGAAUUUUGUUUACUUUCAUUAAAAGUGAGUUAUUUUUUA